AUGCUCGUCUUCGUCGUCACUGCAGCACUUGCAAUAAUGGGAUUGUUGGUCUAUAGACAGAGACGAGUGUUCCUCGGAGAUUCAGGAAUUCUGCCUAACAUAAAUGAUAUCCAGGUGGGCAGCACUAGCAUUUAUAAAGAGAAAAUUUGCUUCCAAAAUGAAAGCUAUAUAUAUGAUGGAGGGGACGUGGAAGAAAUUACUGAAAAUGAAUAUUCUUCAUUUGACGAACAAGACCCAGAAGACCGUACUGAAAAUUAUAUAUCUGAAAGCCCGGGACUAUCAGCAAAUCCCAACUGUACAGUCUCUCCAAAGAUAAUAUUUAAUGAGGAUGAAAAGGAAACAGUUGAGGGCGAGACGAACCAUACAACCGAAGAUAUGCUGCCAUUUCAGAAUAUUGCCAAGAGGACAGAAAACAACUCCGUCCUUAUGAACCUCAAAGUAGAAUCAACUGAUAGUAAUCCGGAAAAGAUAUCAAAUUGGUGUGUUUUUACCUGGAACGGUUCGUUAGUGCAAGAUGUUAUAGAGGAGACCGACAACAGAGAAUCCGUACUGGAUUUAAAGAACAUGGGAGCUAUUCACGAAGCGGCAAGGGGAGGACGCGAUGGCGACGUGCUCAGAUCGCUUGCAAAUGGCGAAGACCCCUCUGCUGCUACCAGCAGCAAUAACACUCCACUUCAUUAUGCAGCCUACGAAGGACACACCGAUGUUUUAAGAGUAUUGCUGGAUAAAGAAUCUGACCCAAACCUCACGAAUGAUACUGGUGACACUCCACUACAUCUUGGUGCAAUAAAUGGAAAAGUCGGUGUUGUUAAAAUGUUUUCUGAAGAGGAAGGUGUUAAUUUAAAUCAGCCAAGUGCUACAAAUCAAACACUUCUUGCAUAUGCAAGGUACGGAAGGGAAAAACCAAUGUUGAAUGUUCUUAGGAACCCUGAGACAGUUUCACCUGAAGGUAACACGCCGCUCCACUGUGCAUCACUGGCGGGCCAUACGGAAGUUGUUAAGUUGCUGCUAAUGAAAAAAGCAGACGUUAAAAGUGAAACUCCUACCCACCACACACCAUUGCAUUAUGCGGCUCUCGGGGGUAAUCCCGUUCUGGUCAAACAGUUGGUCUCUUAUGGAGCCGAUCCUAAUGCUAAAGACGAACGAAAUAACACACCUCUCCAUUAUGCCGCUCUUUGCGGACACACUUUGGUUGUCGAGUUGCUGGUGGGUGACAGAGCAGAUGUAAACAUUCGGACAGACAUGGGACUCUCAGUCCUUCACAAGGCUUCCUUCUACGGAAGGCUAUCCACUGUCCAGAAACUUGUUGAACUACAAGAUACUCUUGUCAACACACGUGACAAGGAAAAGUUAAGUGCAGAGGACACUGCUCUCAUCCGCGGUCAUGUUCACACAGCCUGGUGGCUCAACAAGAAUGCAAUUGAAACUUCUUUACAAGAUCAAAAACACUUAACGGUCACACAGCAUUAA